AUGGUCACCACCGCAGGUCAAGUUAUCAAGUGCAAGGCCGCUGUUUGCUGGGCCGCAGGCGAAGAACUCAAGAUCGAAGAGGUCGAGGUUGCACCUCCACAGGCGCACGAGGUUCGCAUCAAGAUUAUCUACACUGGUAUUUGCCACACGGACGAAUACAGUCGCAGCGGGAGGGAUCCCGAGGGAGUCUUCCCUGUGAUCCUUGGUCACGAAGGGGGAGGUAUCGUCGAAUCCGUCGGCGAAGGCGUCACAGAUGUUUCCCCUGGCGACCAUGUCAUUCCCUUGUAUACAGCAGAAUGUCGUGAAUGUAAAUUCUGCAAAAGCGGCAAGACUAAUCUCUGUGGAAAAGUCCGUGCGACCCAAGGACAGGGAUUGAUGCCCGACAGGACUUCUCGCUUCACCUGCAAGGGACAGCCCAUCCACCAUUUCAUGGGAACCUCGACGUUCUCUCAAUACACAGUCGUCGCUGACGUCUCUGUUGUCGCCGUCAAUAAAGCCGCGCCGCUGGAUAAGGUCUGCUUGCUUGGCUGUGGUAUUACUACGGCCUGGGGUGCUGUUACCAAACAGCCAGGAAUCAGGGACUCGAGUGUUGCUGUCUUCGGGUGUGGCGCCAUCGGCCUCGGAGUUAUUUCCACUUCGUCAAUGGUUGGCGCAUCUCGUAUAAUCGCCAUAGACACGAAUCCUAAGAAAGAAGAAUGGGCAACAAAGAUGGGCGCGACCGAUUUUGUCAACCCAAUGACUCUUCCUGGGGGCAAGCGCAUCCAAGAUUACCUCAUUGAAAUUACAGAUGGUGGCCUCGAUUUCACCUUCGACGCGACUGGCAAUGUGAAAGUAAUGCGGGCAGCCCUCGAGGCAUGUCAUAAGGGCUGGGGCGUCUCCACCUGUUAUCGGUGUUGCAGCCGCCGGAGAGGAGAUCAGUACUCGGCCAUUUUCAGGUUCCAACUGGUAACUGGUCGUGUCUGGAGAGGCACCGCGUUCGGCGGCGUCAAGGGGCGCACUGAACUUCCCGGCCUUGUUGAAGAGUAUCUCCACGGCAAACUCAAAAUCGAUGAGUACGUCACCCACCGACGCAAGUUCGCAGAGAUCAAUGAAGGUUUUCAUGAUAUGCAUGCUGGCGAAUGCAUCCGUUGCGUCGUCAACAUGGAAUGAUCUUGACAUGCAUACCUUGAACUCCCGUCUUCAACGGAGAUUUCUAGCAGGGGUUCCCAAGAGUGAAUGUUGAGAGUCGUCAAUAAGCAUUAAAACUGAGUACACAAGUCAGGUA